AUGCCCCCAUCUGGUGCCACAGCCUUGCGGCCUUGGCCGUCUCGUGCACGACACAGUUGGCCUCCAGAGGCGGUUCGGGAGUUCGAGGAGCUCGAACAGAAGUACUGCCAACUGUUGGUCAAAGUGAAUACGCUACAGGGAGAGAAGGAUCAGGUCACCGACGUGGACAUCUCAGAGCGGCUCAGCAAGCUUCAGAUUGCCAUCCACACCUGGAUCCAAACAACCCUGCCCCAUCUCAGACAAGAUGGAUGCAGCGUCAGCGAGGCUUGUCAAAGGGCAGGCCGGGGGAGGAAGGCUCAGUCUCGAGUUGAGCAUCUCUUGUUUCCCAAGAGUCAAUCGAAACAGUCCGGGACGACUAGAGAAGUGGGCGGGUGGGCAAAAUGGCUUAAUAACCAUGGAACCUGCGCCCACGUCAUCCUGUCGCUUGCAAUAUGGAAGACUCUGGAAAGGGAAAUCUUCGGCCUGUUCCCCCGCUCUAUCGGGUCCCCUAUUGAGUUGACCUCAGAUGCCGAAGCCGCCGUCGACUUGCCCAUACACGCCUCCAAAGUGGACGGCGACGACGGGGGCGGUGUUGCUAACCACAAGAACAAAAUAGCAGUUUCGGCCAACAAGCGGAGAGCCGAGAGGGGCGCCAUCUCUUGGAGAGUGCCAGAGAUUAAGCACCGUAAAGAAAAGGACCUAAGGACGAUAAUCAGCGACCUGACUAGCUCUCUGGAGAAGUGGUUUCACCUAUGGCUGGGCUCCUCGGCGUCCUUCAGCCGGUCGGCGGAUCAUCUCGCGGGACUCGGCGGUCUGGUUCUCUUUGCGGCCGAGCUGCAGCAGGACAUGGCCAGCUCCCGGUUCCGCUACGAGAUAAACAGACCGAAAUUCGAUCCCGGCGACCUACCUAAAAUUGCUGAUAACUUGUUGCAUUGGGACUUGAUGGAUGUCACACAAUGGUGCCUUCUCAGCCCCCACGAUGGCAUCAAAGGCCUAUUUCACUGCCUUUACCCCGGCUUCAUCCGGUUCUCGGCCGAAAAAAAAAAGCCCGUGUCGGUGGUGAGGCCCGUGGUGCUCGUCUACGACGACUUAAAUCCCCAUAAGUCUCCCACAAGCCGUUCCCCGAGCCGUCGUUCAAGCUCCACGAGAGCCAUCACGGUCACACCGUAA